AUGUCGACUGAACUGGCUGUUAUAAACAAUAAUUCACAAACCAUUGCUGAUUUUUCACCAGAAACAAAAACUUCUGCCAUCAUCAAUACAAAUAAGAAAAUGAGCGUUCACAGUGAUAUCACUGAUCCAGUAAUAACAUUCACCACUCCAGAGCCUUCGACAAAUGGACUCAUCCUGAUAUUGAAGUUAAUAAGUAGACCUGCCGUUAUAUCUUUUAUCUUCUGUGGCCUAGCAGCACUCCUCGGCAUAUUGGUAGUUUGCUACACUGUCCCCAAAGAACCAGUAAAAAAAUGUGUGCUCAACUUCCAACAAACAACACCGAAUCCUAUUCAAUAUAAAUAUGGACCACGUUUUGUCGCAUUGGCAGAUUUAAAUAAUGACACUUGGUUCGAUAUGGUUGUUGCCAAUCGAAUCGUUAACAAUAUAGCUAUCUAUCUUGGAAACCAUCAAGGUUUAUUUGCAGAUCCACGCACGUUUUCAACUGGUAUAGGUUCUGCUCCAUGCAUGGUCGCUAUUGGUGAUCUUGAUAACGAUUAUAGACCAGAUAUUGUUGUGGCGAAUUUUGGCACGCACAAUAUUCUUUUAUUAAAAGGAUUCCACGACGAUGCUUUCACAAAGCAAGCUGAGCUGUCAACUGGAGUAUCUCGUCCAAUCGCGAUUACUUUAGCUGAUUUCAAUCAAGAUACGCAACUUGACAUUUUUACUGUAAACUAUGGAACGAAUAGCAUAUAUCUAUUUUACGGAAAUCGAGAUGGAACAUUCUCCUACCCGAUCGUAUAUACAACGGGCUACGAUUCUAUACCACUCGCAGUCGCUGUUGGAGAUUUUAAUAGCGACAAUAACCUAGAUUUCGUUACUGCCAAUUCUGGUACAGACAAUAUUUGUGUAUUCCUUUUUAGCGACAAUCAUACUUUAGAAAGUCAAAGAAUAUUUUCAACCGGUGUUGGAUCUAGUCCAAAUUCGAUUGUGGUUGGUCACUUCAAUGACGAUACCAUGUUAGAUCUUGCCAUCGCGAAUUAUGGAACCAAUAAUGUAGGCGUAUUGCUCGGUAAUGGAAAUGGAAUAUUUACUAGUCAACUACCAUAUAAUAUUACGAACGCUUCUCCAAAUUCAAUUGCUGUUGGGGAUUUAAAUCAAGACAACCUAUUGGAUUUAGUUAUCACUAAUGACGGCGCUAACAAUAUAGCUGUACUGCUCGGAACUAGAAACGGUACUUUUAUUAUUUCGAAGAUGUAUUCGACCGGAUCUGUUUCAUCGGUGUCAUUAGCUUUAGCUGAUCUAAACAAAGACUAUCGUUUAGAUCUUGUUAUCGUGUCCGAUGAUACUGGCGCCAUAGAUAGUCUCUUCGGUACUUAUGAGGGCUUUUCAAACCAAACGAGAUAUUCGACUGGCUCUGCGUUACUCUCUAUAGCUUGUGCCGAUUUCAAUAACGACGGUCGACUGGAUAUUGUUAUGGCCAACUAUCGUGGUAAUGAUGUGAGUGUUCUACUUGGAUAUGGUAAUGGCUCUUUUCAAGAUCAGAUGACGUACGCAACUGGCAACGGACCAUUAGCUGUAGCUGUUGGCGAUUUCAAUAAGGACGGCCGACUGGAUAUUGUUGUGGCCAACUAUGGUGGCGAUGAUGUAAGUGUUCUACUUGGAUAUGGUAAUGGCUCUUUUCAAGAUCAGAUGAUGUACGCGACUGGCGACGAACCAUGGGCUGUAGCUGUUGGCGAUUUCAAUAAGGACGGUCAACUGGAUAUUGUUGUGGUCAACUAUGGUGGCAAUGAUGUGAGUGUUCUACUAGGAUAUGGUAAUGGCUCUUUUCAAGAUCAGAUGACGUACGAAACUGGCAACGGACCAUUGGCUGUAGCUGUUGGCGAUUUCAAUAACGACGGUCAACUGGAUAUUGUUGUGGCCAACUAUGGUGAAGAUGAUGUGAGUGUUCUACUUGGAUAUGGUAAUGGUUCUUUACAAGCUGAAACAAUUAGGUAUCCAGUUGGUUAUAGGCCGCAGUCAGUAGCUGUUGGCGAUUUUAACAACGAUAAUCAAGCAGAUAUCGUUACCAUCAAGUUCGGUAGUAAUGAUAUGAGUGUCCUGCUCGGGUAUGGAAAUGGUUCCUUUCAAAAUCCAAUCACAUAUUCGACUGGGUUCCAUCCAGUGUUUGUAGCUAUUGGAGACUUCAAUAAUGAUACUCGACUGGAUAUUGUGACAGUUAAUCAAGAUAGCAAUGACGUAAGUGUCCUACUUGGAUAUGGUAAUGGGUCUUUUCAAAAUCAGAUAAGAUAUACGACUGGCUCUUCUCCACAGUCUGUAGCUGUUGGUGAUUUUAACAACGAUAGUCGGCUUGAUCUUGUUGUGCCCAAUAUAGAUAGUUAUGAUGUGAGUGUACUACUUCAGUAUAAUAGAGGCGCUCUUCUGCUCGAGGUAUCCUACGCAUCUGGCGGUGCUGCUGGUUUACGAUGUGUCUCAGUUACCGACAUAAAUAAUGAUACUCAGUUGGAUAUCGUUGUGGCUAAUUACGGUACCGACGAUAUAGGUAUCCUAUUUGGACACGGCAACGGCAGCUUUGGAAAGGAGCUCAUACUUAGCACUGGACCAAAUUCUCAUCCAUCCGCGAUAGCCAUUGCCAAUUUUCAGGGUGAUAAUUAUCUUGACAUUGCUGUGUCUGAUCAUGCUACGAAAUCUGUAGACAUUUUGGUUGGAAAUGGAAAGGGAACAUUUGUACGUCAAUUAAACUACGGAAACAGCUCUCUUUUGUAUGCGACGGUCAUUGCUGAUGGUGAUUUCAAUAAUGACAGGCGAUCAGAAAUUGUUGUUGGAUACGAUGAUAGUGAUGAUGUGGAUAUUCUCGUAACAUUCAAUAGUGCUACUUUUCAAGAGCAGUUAAGAUAUGUAUCUGGCACUUCACCGAUAUCUGUGGCUAUCGGCGAUUUCAAUAACGACCAUCGACUGGAUAUUGUUGUGGCCAACCUCAAUAACAAUGAUGUGAGUGUUCUACUUGGAUAUGGUAAUGUCUCUUUUCAAGAUCAGAUGACGUACGCAACUGGCAACGAACCACUGUCUGUAGCUGUUGGAGAUUUCAACAACGACGGUCAACUGGAUAUUGUUGUGGCCAACUAUGGUGAAGAUGAUGUGAGUGUUCUACUUGGAUAUGGCAAUGGCUCUUUUCAAGAUCAGAUGAAAUUUUCAACUAAUAGUGGGCCAUUCUCGAUAGCUGUUGAUGAUUUUAACAAUGAUAUGCAACUAGACGUUAUUGUCGUUAAUAUGUGGACCAACGAUAUUAGUGUUUUACUUGGAUAUGGUAAUGGCUCUUUUCAACCUGAAUUGGCACAGACAGUCUUUUCUAGAUCAUCAGAUAUGAUUAAUUCUGAUUUAGGCAACGGUUUUAGGCCAAGAUCUAUAGCUAUAGGCGAUUUCAACAACGACACUAGGCAAGAUGUCGUUCUCGCUAAUUGGGGUAACCAAAAUGUCGUUGUCCUACUUGGAUACGGCAAUGGCUCAUUUCAAGAUCCAAUGCCAUAUUUAACUGACACUGAACCAAAAUCCGUAGCUGUUUGUGAUUGCAAUAACGACGCGCGGCUAGAUAUCGUUGCCUGCAAUGAUUUUGGAUUUGUAAGUGUUUUUUUGGGCUAUGGUAAUGGCUCUUUUCAAGAUCAUCUGAAAUAUUUAACUGGCCCCACACCCGUCUCCAUAGCUGUUGGGGAUUUCAACAACGACCGCCAAAUUGAUAUCGUCGUCGCUGAUAGAGACGGGAAUGAUGUAAGUGUCCUACUUGGAUACGGUAAUGGUUCUUUCCGAGAUUACAUGAGGUAUUCAGCUGGUUUUUGGCCACAGUCGGUAGCUGUUGGAGAUUUCAACAACGACAAUAUAGUAGAUUUAGUUGUCGGUAACGUUGAUAGCAAUGAUGUCAGCGUAUUAAUUGGAAGCACCAAUGAAGUGUUUGUAAAUCAAAUGACACUUUCAACUAGGAAUGGUUCUCGACCACGAUCGUUGGUUGUCAACGAUUUUAAUAAUGAUGGUUGUUCCGAUGUCGGUGUAGCCAAUUUUGGAACUAACGAUAUAAGUAUCUUUCUAGGAUAUUGUAAUAUGUCUUUUGGGAGUCCAGCGAUAUAUUCCACCGGUUCGUACUCAUCUCCAUCUGCUCUAGCCGCUGGUGACUUCAAUAACGAUACCUAUCUAGAUAUUGUCGUAGCUAAUUAUGCCUCUGAUAAUAUCGGCAUUUUCCUUGGUUAUGGCAAUGGCUCUUUUGGAAAUCAAACAACAUAUUGGUCUGGCUCUUAUCCAUUAUCGAUAGGAACUGGUGAUUUCGACAAUGAUUCCAUCUCUGACCUUAUAGUUGCGAAUUAUGGUAGCAGCAAUCUGGUUCUAUUUGGUGGUUAUCGUGACCAUAUAUUUACAAAUACAGUGCCAAUUCAGUUAGAGUAUGGAUCGAAACCAUUUGCUGUUGUCAUUGGUGACUUCAACAAUGAUAAAAAGCUGGAUUUUGCCGUAGCGAACAAUGGUACCGAUAGUUUACAAGUUUUCUUACAAACCUGCUAA